AGGUUUUUCAGGAAGAUGAGCAGAAGGUGCAGGUCCAGGGCUCAACUCUUCCUUCUCCUUCUGGUGCUGGCACUGACCUUCUUCUUCAUUGUUUCCUACGCCACGUGGAGAGACAACAGAAGCCCAGUUUCCAGCUUCACUCUUAAAGAUGUCAGCCAUACGACCAGUCUAUCAACUGACAUACACUCCACAAAUUCAGUAAAUAUGGAAGACCUUUCAGAGAUCAUUAGCUACAAACUGGAGUUACCACCAAGAAAGGUUCCAGACAGGGAGGAGCUCAUGAAGUUGAACCCUCAUCUGUUCUCUGUGGUCCCUCCUCAGUUCCUUCCUAAUAUCCGGAGCCCUUGCUGGUACGAGGAGUUCACUGAUGAGCUGGCCUCUAAUCUCUACAGUAACAACCUCUUUUAUUUGGUUUACGAGUCAGUUGAAAUCCAACUUCGAAAGUUGAAGCCGGACGUCCCAAAGUACUUACAACACGUGAAUGGAAAACAGUAUCGUCUGCGCUGUUUGGCGUACGCGUACAUCAUGGGCCAACCAAAGUGUGGAACAUCAGAUCUGUUUUUUCGAAUGAAGAUGCAUCCACAGAUCGGGACAGUGCUCACCAAGGAGCCACAUUGGUGGAGCUGGAUCGGUUUUGGUGAGUCACCUGGAGGUGAUGGCCUGGUGUUUGGAGGGCUGUUGACCUCAACUGGGGAUGUGGUCGGGAGGUGGAAGGAAUACUUCGAGGAUCUCAUCAAUCCCACUGACACGUCUUCCGUGGAGGUAGCUGAGGCUGAGGACUCAGCGGCUGAUCCUCCCAUGUCCUGCACUGAGGUCACUGAGGUAAUCAAGAAGCUGCUCGGUGGCAAGGCGCCGGGGGUGGACGAAAUCUGCCCUCAGUAUCUCAGGUCACUGGAUGUUGUGGGGCUGUCUGGGUUGACACAUCUCUGCAGCAUCGUGUGGCAGUCCGGGACAGACCUGCAGCAUGCACUGGGGCAGUUUGCAGCCGAGUGUGAAGCCGCUGGGAUGAGAAUCAGCACCUCUAAGAGCUCCCUUAGAGAUAUGAGAGAGCGACAGAGAGAGAGAGGAGGGGGCGGAGGCUGUAGACUGAAACACUGUAUGAUAAUGUGGACCAGACUCAUUAUAUUAACUUUUAAUUUCCUGACAGUUGACGGCAGCACAUCCACCAUGUGGAACAACCAGGUCUGGGGUUACUACUACAACACCACUGAGGACACUGAACCCAGAGUCAUGACCAUGGACUUUAUCCACGCAGUUACACCUCAGGCUAAAUUCAUAGCCAUUCUGAGAGACCCAGGAGAGAGAUUGUUCUCUGAAUAUCUGUACUGCACAAACGGGAACAAGUCAGUGCAGGACUUCCACGUCAUGGUUGAAGAGUCGGUGCAGAUGUUUUACUCUUGUCUGUCUAAGAGGUCUUUUCGAUGGUGUGUCUACGAAACGGAAUUUAAUUAUCAAAUGCCGGCAAAAUUAAAUGUGGGGAUGUACGUUGUGUUCUUAAUGGACUGGAUCGGUCUUUACGGCAGGGACCACAUUUUCAUUGUGCGAUUCGAGGACUACGCAAACAAUCUAGUCGAUGAACUCAACAGGGCCUACAAGUUUCUUAAUAUUGAUCCUCUUACAGCAGAGGAGGAGGCGCUGGUGAACAGCAAACCUGCGUGGAACACUCGGAAAGCAGAGGACAAACCUCUGGGGGACAUGCUUCCAGAAACCAAGGAACUUCUCAGAGAAUUCUACUGGCCCUUUAACGUUAAACUGGCCAGUGUGCUGGAUGAUGAAGGCUUUCACUGGAAUGCUGACCCUAUCCUCUUACAGCAGAGGAGGAGGCGCGGGUGAACAGCAAACCUGCGUGGAACACUCGGAGAGCAGAGGACAAACCUCUGGGGGACAUGCUUUCAGAAACCAAGGAACUUCUCAGAGAUUUCUACUGGCCCUUUAACGUUAAACUGGCCAGUGUGCUGGAUGAUGAAGGCUUUCACUGGAAUGCUGACCCUGUGAGUGAAUUAGAAAACUUUUAAACUGUUAAUAAAAACAAUACACAAUUCCCAGUGGUAUAACAUAAGUAUGCUGAUAUUGGCGGAUAAUAUGGGUUGGGCAGUUAAGAUUAGCGUUAGGGUUAUCGGACAUCUCUAGACGUGAUCUAAAGCCAAAGUAAACCAUGUCCUAGUUUAUAGUGUGGUACUGGUGUUUUUCGCGGGGCAGUGGUGGCUUAAUGGUUAAGAAAGCAGACUUGGGUCCAGAAGGCUUCAGAUUUGAGUCCACCAGCUGCCAAGUUACCGCUGAGGUGCUCUGAGCAUGGCACCGUCCCCACACACUGCUCACCGGGUGCUUAAAGCUGCCCCCUGCUCACUUCGGUGAUGGGUAGCGUGCCAUAGCAGGGAAGUGCUCCACUAGUAGGCAUGGUAUACUUGCACUAACACUAGCCCUAGAAUCUGGACUUUUGGGGUCAAGUGCGUUUGAGUGGGGUACAGCAGCCAUAGUGUCCUGAUAUAACAGGAUCUACCUUAAAAAACAUUUGAAAUCUGAGCUCGAGUUAACAUAUCUAGUAGAAAUAAAAGGGUUUUAUGGGAAGUGUGGGUAUUUAUGAUGGUUGUUGCUGUCAUGACUGUCUGUCUUAACUUGGUUGACUGAUGAAUAAAGGUUUUUGACUAUUUAAACACCACUGGAUGUGUUUUUAUUGCACUGCAGGACCCAAAAGCAGCACUGGGGAGACUCUUUUUGGUGUAGGUAGUCUGGUGC